AUGGUCAUGAUGCGGCGCGGACUUCCCUGCGCCGUCCAUCGGCUCGGCUUCGCCAUCGGCGACAGCAGGACGGGCACCGGCAACCCCAACGACUUCGUUUCCCGGAUGCUCGUCGGCUUCAUCCGAAUGGGCUCCAUGCCGCUGCUGCGGGACCAGUGCUUCGAGUUUGUGACCCUAGACCACGUCCUCGACGCGGUGACGCACACCGCCGCGUCCAAGGAGAACCUCAGCCGCUGCUUCAACAUCGUGUCCCCGGACGAGAGCCGGCCCAUCACAAUCGAGGAGAUCGGGCCGCUGCUGCGCGGCGCGGGGUACCCGGUGCGCGUGCUUGGCUACGACGCCUGGCUCGAAGAAGUACUUGGGAUGCAGCUGCCGGACGGCGCGCUGGCCUGCAUGCUCCCGGUGCUCCAGGAGCGCGUCAUGGGCCGGCUGACCCGGGUGGGAGACGCGACCAACACGGCCCGGGCGACGGCGGACCGUCCCGAUAUUCAGUUUAUCAAGUUCACCCCGGACAUUCUUCUCCGGUACAUCGAGUUCUGGAACCGCAAAAAGGUCUUCAGCAUCCCCUUGCCAGGAGAGCCGUGUGCAUAG